GUUGUUUAUAUGUUCUAUAACCUGUACUGUUUUUGGAUUCUCAAGAACCCGGUGCACGUUAUCCAAGUCUUAGUGACAUGUCCGCUCGAGCCAGAAAACAAAAAGCUGUGGAAUCUGAGAAAAACGAAAGUAGUCCGACAUCGUUCUCUCGAUCCGUUACGAUUGAACGCAGCCAUACAUCAUCAAGUGGGAGUCCUCGCAAAAGUUAUUCUCGCAGUGAAAGAUCUAGUAGCCCUUUGACUAUUAGUCGAUCUGAAGAAAAAGAUGAACUUGCCCAUCUGAAUGAUCGCCUUGCGGGCUACAUCGACUACGUUCGAAAACUGGAGCUUGAUAAACAAAAGCUUACUAGACGUAUACAGACCGUUACAGAAGAACGAAUGAGUAAAGUUGAGGAAGCCAGGAAAACAUAUGAAGAUGAAAUUACAGCCUUAAGAAAUUUGGUUGAUGAUCUGGCUAAACAAAAGUCAAAAGCCGAGCUAGAUUCCAAGCAAAUGAGAGAUGAGUUGAACGACGUAAAGAUGAAGGCGAACAAACGAGAUCAAGAGAAUCGUAAUUUACAGAGAAAGAUAGAAAAUCUUGAAAGGGAACUGAGUAAAUAUAAACAAGAUCAUGAUGCUUACCAGCCUCUCCUUAGUGACUACCAUGUUUUAGAAAAACGAUUCGAAGAAAUGAAACGAGACCUUGAGGCCGAGACACUACUUCGGACUGAUUUGGAAAACAAAAUCCUCGGUCUUAAAGAGCAGUUAGAUUUCCGUUCUCGGUUAUUCGAUGAAGAACGUGAAAAGUUAGUUGAACGCAGUUUAUACAUUGAAGAAGAGGUCGAAGGACGCAAACAAGCUGAAUACGAAAGUCGAUUAACAGAGGAGCUAAGAUCAAUUCGAGACCAAACCGCUUCUGAAUUAGAAGAGUAUAAAAUACAAAUGGAAGAAACGUUUGAGAGCAAACUGGGACAGUUGAAGUCAUCAGCUAAUUUUAGUGCAGAAGAUGCUAGUCGCCAGCGAUCUGAGCUGUUGAUAGCUCGCAAACGUGCUGAUGAACUUUCCCACGAUUUAUCCAAGAAAAUCGCUGAGCUGGAAUUGCUUCAACGACGAGUAGCAGAUCUUGAGCGGCAGUUAACUGAUGAACGGAAAGAUUUUGAAUCGCAACUUCUUUUCCAACGCCAGGAAGUAAACAGAUUAAAAGAAGAAUUGGAAGAAAGUUUCCGUGAAUUUACCGACCUCAUGAAUACAAAAAUUGCGUUAGAUCAAGAAAUACUGAUGUAUCGAAAAAUGUUAGAGGGUGAAGAGUCAAGACUCAACCUGACACCGGCUCCCCGUGACUCACCGUUCAACAUACCGGUCAAACGCAGGCGUGUAGAUGGAGAUUUUGAGGGUGACGAGUCGAAUGCCAGUCUAACUGGAGCCAGUUACAGUUCAUCCCGAACAAGAUUUGCCUACCGAGUGUCAUCGACUGCACGUGGACCUGUAGAAUUUUUCAAGGAACAAGAUACCCAUGGCAAGUGGAUCAAAAUACAUAACUCUUCAAAUGAUGAAAUGAAUUUAGGUGGAUGGGAACUUGUUCAUGAAGCUGAUGGUCACGAGACUCGUUUCAAAUUUUCACGGGCUUUCUCCUUAAAACCUGGAGCAUUAUGCACAAUUUGGAGUCAAGAUGCUGAAGGCAAUUCACACAAUCCUCCUGCUGAUUUAACUAUGAAGAAUAAAAGUUUUCAUCCUGGCACUGAUGUCACAAUUCUAUUACUUGAUGCAGAUGGUGAAGAACAAGCCAAAUGCACAGUUAAACGAGAAAAAAUUCGUCCUGGAGUUAAUUUUGAUCGUAAAUCCGGUGUUCGUGCUCAUGACGAGAAAUGUCAUCUCAUGUGAAAUGUGCUCUAUUGAAGAUAGAUGACCUACAUUAUUCUUUGUUUUCCCUAAUUGUAUUAACUUUCUAAUUAAUAUCAAUUUUAUAACUGCAUUUUACUAAUUCUUUGUUCUUUUGUGCUAACAAAACAAGUUAUAUAGUUUUUUUUCUUCUAUAUGCUGUCUGCUUGACUAUUCACUUUAUUUCACUAACGCUUUGUUUAAUAAUGCCAACUGGUCAUACGCUGUUGUUGUGCCACGAUAUCUUCGGGAGUAUGUUAUUGCUUUUUGUUUUUAUAUAUUAACAACAGCAAACAUGUUGCCUUGUCAUAUAUCGUUGCUCCAUUCUACGGUCUCCUUAUCUGCAUGCUAUAUAUGUACGUACACAUGUUAUUUCCACUGUACUGUUCGCUCAUACUGUUGUAUUCAUUGUAUUUUCAUACCUGAUUCAUGCUUAUCAUCAUAUGCACUUAUAUUAUAAACUAAUACAUUCAUUUGUUGUGUGAUCAUUGUUUCUCGCCGCAUUUUUUUAUACACACUAACUGUAUUUAUAUAUAAUGGACAAAUCGGAUUUGUUCAUUAUUAGGUUCAGUUCUCCCUAGUUAUCGGUAUAUCGUGCUAUUGGAAUCGUUUCAACUUUAUUUGAGCUCUAAAUUUAGCGCCUUGCACCUCAUCUCUGUCUCGAUUGUUAUGAAUUUUUCCCACGUAUUGGAUAAUGGUACUCAGUUUGAAAACUGUUGAAGUGGAUAGAUGAGAUGACUUAUAAUGGUACAGUUUAUUCGAUUUGAACUUGCUCACGUGACCGUUAACUAAAAGUAUGUAUUGUAAGUUAAUCGUCGUAGAUGAAUUCAACCGAUAUCAUGUAGAAGUAUAUUUUAUAUCAAACCAAUUUUUAGCGUAUCCGAGGACAUUAUUGCAAUCACUUCUCAAUAUUGAGUUCAAAAGCGGUUACCACUCUGAUAUGUCGAGCCGAAUCGAUGACAAGAAAUGACCUGAAGGAUAAGUGUAUUCCAUUGGCUAAAAAAAUGGAUUAACCCCCCAAAGGAUAAUGUUGCAUAUUUACAAAUGAGGAUUUGUGUAUUUUAUACGGUAACCUUAGUGUUAAACUGACACAUCAUGGGGCACAAUUCUGCCAGCUAUAAAUUCAGGGAGUUUCCCGCGUCAGCCCGUAUUAUGUGCUUUUCCACUUGCUGUAAGCAAUAGUUCUGCUCCAUGCUGUCAACUGAACUGCUCUCUCCCCAAUCUAUUUUGCCCCGGCCGAAGACGGUCAGCCUUAAAUUUCUGGUGGUUGCUAAACAAAUUAUUGGUAUUCAACCUAAUUGUAAGCUUCUGCAACGCAAGAACUUGCUAUGACCUAAAGUUUGUUUUCACUAAUUUUGAAGCACAACUGAUCAGUAAGUAAUAAACUGCGAAAUGUCUACAAGCCUUCAGUGUCAUGAAAUAAGAUGACUACUCCUAACAGGUUUUUCGUCCUAUAUAUGAGGCAGGAGUAUACUCAGAUGCAACGAAAAUUAUAAACAAGCGCCAAAGUUUCGUUCUCGAUGUAUGUCUACAAUCUACGUGACUUCUAACAUUCCAGCUUCAUAGGCAAAAUAUGUGUUCAUUUUUGUGUCAAGUAGGGCUUAUUUAAGAUAAUCUAUCAAUUAUUUGAGAAUUGAUUAUGGAACGGUAAAUGAACAAACAAACAAAUCUCUUCUGCGAUCUUCCAUGUUCAAUUUUUGCGGGGUUAUUUAAUCUGACUUGUCUGCUGAAGUUGGAAAUAAUGAGACGGCACUUCACUGGCAAGUUACUUGAACUGACCCAAUCAUUGAAUAUCACCUUUAAUGUUGAGCCCUGGGACUUGUCUAGGAAAGAACGUUUAGGUCCACUCUCGUUAUUUACUCUGAACUACUACACUAACCUGCUAAUUCAUCCGGUAAUGUAUACUUCCGUUCCUUCAGUUAGCCUACUGAUUCGAUUUAAAUUAAAUAUCAACAAAUACAGCCGGCACACCGAUAUUAAAUUAAUCUUCACUUGAACCAGAGAUAAUACUUUCCGUAAUAUUGGUUGUUUUUCUAUUUGUGAGCACGGGGACGACCCAUAAGUUAAACUAUUAGCGGAUGGUCACUGCUACGCAUCAUAACGUGGCUUGUUAAGGAAUCUCUAUACUAAAUCAUUCUUCAAUUUUGGUCCCACUUUAUUCAGCGUCUAAAUAAUCUCUACGUGGAGUUUCACUUUGAGUACGUUAAGAACUGAAACAACAGUUUUAAAACAUCCUGUGUUUUCCCUAAUCAGUUGCUGCCGUCUUUUUGAUUUAUCUUUGAGUUUACCAAUACUUGGAAUAUUCGCGUUAUUCUCAUGGUGUCUUUAAGCGCGUGAUAAUGCCACUCGACUUUGUGUCGAAAAGACGUUACGUUGAUUCUAGUUGAUGCUAGUUGUCACAGUAGGGCGAGUCAAUAUAUAUGAUGUGCCUUAUAGAUCAGGUAGUCAAAUCUACAAUUUUGGCCUUAGGUCUAUUAUGGUAACGAGGAUAACUGUAGUAAUAGUGAAUUGGACAAUUAUUCUACACAUUCACUAAUAUAGGACAGUCGUCCUUCAGAAUUAUGCAUGGUAGAUAAACUGCAUGUAUUUUUAAGAAAUCUUGAUGAAGCUCUCGCUUGUUUUGAUCUACUAGCACAUGCAAAAAUGUUGUAUCUAGUACUAUAUCGACCCUACAUGAGUCGGUAGACCUGGUUACACAUUCUUUUCAAGAUACAUUUUGACCUUGUUCGCUUAAUAACCCUAACUGUUUUUGUAUGAGUGUAUGUAUGUUAAUUGCUUCCAUUAUUUAUUAUGUGUCCAUAAGUUUAUGUGUUCGACAAUAAAUAAUAAUGUAUUUCUACCAAGGCAGGUACAAGUCAUUUUUACAAAUAUGAUCUACAAACUAUUGUAUUAGUUCAAUUACAGUAUGCUUCCCAAGUAGAAUGCUUAAGUAGAGGAAAUAAUAUACGUAAUUAGCAGUACAUUCCUGCAGAUGACACAGUCGAUCAAAUAGAUAUGGUUCACUUGUCUUCUCCGCUCCGCUCCGCACUCUCAUCUUCGCCCUCUUCACUUCGUUUCUUUGCUUGUCUCAACGGAUCAAAUAAUCUACGGAAUAUACCUAUUAAACACUUAUUCUCAUUAGGCCGAUAAUUAUGUAUGAGGGUAGUUGGGAUGUAUAUUUCAAAAACCUCUCCGAUAAUAUCGAACGCAGGUUUAAAUAAUUUAUGUCUGACCCCUACACAAAUAUAUCCAUAUAUCGCAGUGGAUCUUGUGGCCUUUUCUUUUUCCUCUGUAGUUGUCUUCAGUUUUAUCAGGGUGCAAGAAAAUCACAUUACUAACUUUAAUAAGUAGGGUUUUGUCGUCCGAAUUCAAUUACGUAACAAUAGGAGUACCCCAUACUGAAGACUGAACAGUUUUAAUUAUACCUUUCGCACACAAAUCAUUCAAUGUCUGUGCGUUGUUUCUCGAAGACCAUAAUGAAUUAUUCGUCUCUUAAGUACACUAGACCACCCUGUACUUGAAGUUUUAAAGGCUGAGUUUACACACCUUCACUUCACUUAGCACACGCAACUAAAAAAAUUUUAAAACCUAGUACUGACCCUUCUGUUUCGCUAACUAAAAAUUCACAAGACAUCUGUGAAGUAUUAUAAUCUCUGAUUUGCAAUUCACAGCAUCCUGGUAUGGGCAGUCUGUGUCCGGUAAUCCCCAAUAUUGAGACUUCACUGGGUCUUACAAUAACGUUAGGAUCUAAAGAUUUCAAGUUCUUGAAUGAAGUAAUGAACUCUAUAUUGCCUGUGUACACAAUAGUCACGAAAUAAACCAAGGGAUGUAUAUAAUCGCUUUUGAAUGUGAGCAUUACCUUUCGAAAUGGUGGGUAAAGGUUAAUGAUCAUUAGGAACAUCCAAAUUAAUAGGAUCUAAAUUACAAGGUUUGGUACCACUUGAAGCAAAAUGAACAGCAGUCCCGCAUGCUGACUGAAUGUGUUCUAUCUUACCAUAUUUAAAACAUUUAGCAUUACGAAAUGCACAUGCAUUACGAGAAUGAAAUUUGUCACAGGAUGAACAUUUACCAAACUUGAUCUCACCUUUGUUGUUUGCUUUCCAAGUCAUUGUUGAAUCAUUUUUUAUAUUUUCAUGAAAAUAGGAAUCACCAUUAAACGGACGCAAGUUUGAUGGACACUGAGAUUGUAUUUCAUCAUGACGACUGAGCGGAGCAUUAAAAACUUUGGUUGACUGGAUAUCAAAUUCAUUCACUGUUUCUUAGUUACUACAUAUAGUUCUAGCAUUUUGAAAGGAACAGUUCGGCAUUCUCAACAACCCUCUUUACAGACGUGGGAUGUUAAUCCCUGCAAUUAAUCGAUUCCUUAGCAGCACAUUAGGUUGGGUGCUAAAACUGCAUUUGGUAGUUUGUCUUUGCAAUUCAAGGAUGGAUUCCUGAACCUUUUGGUUGUCCUGACGAAUAAUUUUUGAAAGUCCGCUCUCUCACGAAGUUCAAAACUGGUGAACUUUACAUGAUUUAGUGGUAGUUCCUUAAGAUUUUCAUAUGAAAGUGAGAUACCUUUUCUGGAAAUGUUAAAAUUUUUAAUAAUUUGUAGACUUCACCAAUAAGUGUAAGGAAAUGUGCCACAAAUUUAUCACCCUCCACAUCAUUCUUGGUCAUGCGCAAUAUAUCAAACCUUUCCAAAUAAUCCUCAUAUGCCUCAGAAAUUGAAUGAAUAUCUGACUGUUCGAGCACAGGCUCCAUCGCGACGCCAGUGUGAUGAUUAGACUUAUUUGACUUAUAAUUCAAAGCAGGUAUCUCAGAAGAAAACGCAAUUUAACCAAGAAGUACUAAGUGAACAUGAACGAAUGUUUUGUAUUCGGAAUUCGAACU